AUGCUGAGGCAUUACCUGGCCAUGACGUCGUCAUUCAGGUUGGGUGGUCAGCUGUUUGUGUGUCUGGGCCCCAAGAACAGGGGCGCCCCGCUGUCGGCUCAGCGGCUGGCGCACUGGGUCGCCACGGCUGUGCGGCGGGCGUAUCAGUCGCAGGGUCUGGCCCCCCCGGUGGGCUUCAGGUCGCAUUCCACGCGUGGGAUGGCGGCCUCUACGGCCCUUCUCAGGGGGGCGUCGGUCGAGGACGUCUGCCGUGCGGCUUCUUGGGCGUCGUCCUCCUCUUUCGUCCGGUCUUAUCUUUUGGAUGUGUCGGACCGGUCGGUGGCCCAUUCCGUGCUGAGUGCAGCGGACUGA